AUGCUUCCGAGCCGGCCAGGUCGCAAACGGCUCCGGCUCUCGCGGUCGAGCGCCAAAGUCGGCGGUGCUCCCUCUCUCCCGCGGCCGCAUCCGGCCGAAUCGGCCGCCACCGAGGCUGAGUCUGCCGUCAACGCCGGGGCAGCCGCCACUGCGGAGCCACCUGCGGCCGCCGAGCCGGACGCACAGCCGACGGGCUCCGCCGACGGCGCCCGCUCGCCCGCUGCGGCCUGCUCCACGCCCGAGGCCGCUGCUGGCCCAGCGCUCCUCCACUCCCCAGAUGCGACCGAGCCGGGCUGCUCGCCCGGCAGCGCCGCCGACCGCUGCCUCCUCUGCGGCGAGGACCUGACGGGAAUGAGCCCAGCCGAGCGGGCCACCCACACCGCCGAGUGCGAAUGCAUCCUGGCCUCUCUGCAGGCAGACAUGGCGGGCGCGGAGUGUGGGGUCGGCGGCGGAGAGGGCGGCGGAGAGGACGCGUGUCUCGCGGCUCUCGCGGCACGCGAUUUGGCGGCGGCAAGCGCGCACGCGCUCUCCAUGUUGAGCGAGGAGGAGGGGACGGAGCGUGCGUCGGAGGGCGCGGCGGCGGGCGACGGAAUUGAUGCCGCCGAGCUGCCUGCAGUGCGAAUUGCGGAUGGUCGCGCGGCGUUGCGUCAGUUGGCGGCGGUGUGGGAGGCGGAGGUGCCCGCUGCAGUCGUUCACGUCUUGCUCGGCGGCGGGGACGGGCCACGGCGGAUAGGGCUUGCCGAAGCGCUGCAGCGGUUGCGGCAGGUGUACCUCAAGUUGGGAGAGGGUUAG